ACACAAUUCACAGUUGUUAGAUAGGGAAUUAUUCAAAUGAGUCAGCUCGAGAUUGACUAUUCACCAAGCCGGUGGUCCAAAAGGCUUAAAGCAGAUCAGAUUCUGGUAGAACAUCUGAAAAUAACCAGCGAACGUAGCAGAGCGAUUGAAAAAGAAGUCCCUUGCGAUCUCAAUAUACCGUAUGGUCCAGGAAAACGAGAAGUGAUUGACAUUUAUGGCACAGAUUUACUGAGUGAUGCUCCUAUUUUCAUCAUAUUCCAUGGUGGAUACUGGCAAGAGCAGUGUAUUAAACACAAUGAUUUCGCUUUCAUGGCAAAAAACCUAUAUGAAAAAAAUAUAAAAUCGAUCUAUGUUGGAUAUGAACUUUGCCCAGAUGUCACAAUUAAGGAGCUUCAAAGAAAUACAGAGAAGGCUAUGAGGAAAUGCUUGGAAUAUGUCAGACAGUUCAAGCCAAAGGGUAUACAUCUAAGUGGGCAUUCAGCAGGCGCUCAGAUAGUAGCCAACUUCUUUGCUAAUUUCAUCCACAAUCUUGCAGAAGAAGACAGAGAGCUGUUCAAAUCCGUGUUUUUGUUAGGAGGAAUAUACGAUCUAACACCUCUACUCUCCACCAGUUAUAAUAUUCCUCUGGGAUUAGAUCAGCAAUUAGCAAGUGAAGCCAGUCCGCUUCUUCAAAAUUUAGCAGCCGAUGGAACUGUAUUUCAUGUGGUAGUGGCUGAAAAUGAUAGCCCUCCGUUUAUUGAACAAGGGAAACUGAUGCAUAAACAUUUGCAGGAAUUGAAAAUUGAUUCGAAAUAUAUUUUUGUACAAAAUGUUGACCAUUUUGAUCUUAUAGAGAAGUUGUAUGAGAGAGAUUAUGAACUCACUAAACUCAUUAUAAGUAAUUGUGUCGAUUGAGUCUAGAUUCGAUUUAUAAUUUCGAUGCGCUUAGUUUUAGUGUAUUCUAUUGUAUACAUCCCUUUGUUGUUAUUUUCUUGAGUAUACGGAGAAGCGCACAAAAAACGGCCAGGGCUGUAACUUCUGAAUAAUUCGAGAUCGGAUUUCGAAAAUUGGUGGGUAGCUAGUUUAUCGAAUGACAAUAAAAUGUUUGUUCCAUCAGUUCUGGUUUCACUUGAAACGACCUCAAAUUCCGAUUUUCAAAUGGGACA